UUGAUUGGUAGUACUGGAAGGAUGUUCGCAAGAUGGCUGCUGAGGUGGUGAGGAAUCUGCAGCAGUCGGAGAGUGGCGGCUGGGAAGAGGAGGAACAACUGGUGGUGGUGGAGCUGUCUGGGAUUAUUGACCCAGAUUUCCUCUUGAAGUGUAGAAAUGAAUGCAAAAUUGUGGGUAUAGAUACUGAGCAGCCCAUCAUGCAGGUGGAUAGAUUGGUGUUUGCUGGAGAAUACGAAGAUGCCUUGGGAACAUGUGUGGUAUUUGAAGAGACUUUUAAACCAGAUGAAGAGGUGGAGGACCAGCAAUUGCUCAAAUACAAAUGUCACACAACAAAAAAGCUGCUGAUGAAACGAACCUUCUUGAGUGAGAAGAAGGAGGGAGAAGAGAGCACAGGAGGGAUAGAGUACUUGAAGAUCAAGGAAAAUGACUUCACACGUAGACCUGGCUUGAUCUGUACCUUUGUUCAAAACCGCAACAGGUCGAUGAACACUGGGGAUAGAGUGAUGUCUGAAGAAGGUCCGGAUUUGAUGAUGGUGCAGGAUAAAGAGCCCAAUAUUACCUCAGCCUCGGAGGGUGAGGCUAGUGACCUGGAGAAUGGAGACUCAAAUCAAGAACUGAAUAGUGUCAUGGAAGAACAUCCUGGUGGGAGUCAAGCGAUUACAUCUGCUGCUCUAGAUGGUGUAAUGGAACUUGAAAAUCAGAGCUCUGAGAACCUUACUGUAAACCAAGCACCUGAAAGAAUUCAAAAGCAGUUCACAGCAGGGAAUGAGGAACUGAUCCAUAGGCGUUGGCCAGGUCGAGGAACAAGACAUGCAGAUCCUUCUUUCUUAGCUGUCUGGAUUUGAUGCCAUAUGAUGCUGGUAUGUUCAAGGCAUCCCGAGAAGCCUGCUAUGCCAGGGUUUUGGAUUGAUGAGUUAAUGAAACAGUUUUGUUUCAGAUAUUUUGUAAGUCUUUGCACCAACAUGCUGAAAAAGAUCUUCUAUGUUGAGAAGGUUUAUUGGCAAAACUGUUCAAUGGUGAAUGAAUUCUUUUCUUUUGGGAUCAGAACUCUCCCCCGUUCUUCUCCAGGCUUUGGGGAUAACUUGCUUUUCCCACGCAACCCUCAUGUUUCUCCAGAGGAAUCUGGAAGCCGUGGGAAUAAAAGAAUCCUUCCCUGGUUGACUGCCAGUGACUAGUGGUGUUCCUCAGGUUAUUUUAGUCUGUAUAUCAAUGAUUUAGAUAUGGAAAAGAUGGCUUUGUUGCCAAGUUUGCAGAUAAUAUUGUGGAGGGGCAGGUAGUGUUGGGGAAACAGGAACACUGCAGGAGGACUUGGACAGAUUAGGAGAAUGGGCAAGAAAGUGGCAAAUGAAAUACAGUGUUGGAAAAUGCAUGUUUAUACACUUUGGUGUUCGAAAUAAAUUUUCUAAAUUGAGAAAAUUGAAAAAAAUGAGAUGCAGAGGAAUCUGGGAAUCCUUGUGCAGAACAUCCUAAAGGAUAUCUUGCAGGUUGAGUCAGUGGUGAGGAAGGCAAGUGCAAUGUUAGCAUUCAUUUGAAGAGGUCUGGAAUACAAGAGCAAGGAUGUGAUGCUGAGGCUUAAUAAGACACUGGUGAGGCCUCACCUUGAGUAUUGUGAACAGUUUUGGGCUCCUCAUCUGAGAAAAGAUGUGUUGGCAUUGGAGAGGGUCCAGAAGCGGUUCACGAGGAUGAUUCCAGGAAUGAAAGGGUUAUCAUACGAGGAAUGUUUGAUGGAUCUGGUUCUGUACUUGCUGGAGAAUGGAGAGGGGAUCCCAUUGAAACCUUUCAAAUGUUGAAAGGCCUAUAAAGAGUAAAUGUGGAAAGGAUGUUUCCCAUGGUGGGGGAGUUUAGGACACAGCCUCAGGAUAGAGGAAUGUCCAUUUAAAACAGAUGUAGAGAUAUUUCUUUAGCCUGAGUGUGGUGAGUUGGGUGUACUCAAGGCAGAGAUUGACAGGUUCUUCAUUGGACACGGCAUCAAACGUUAUGGAGAGAAGGCCAGGGGCAUGGGUUAAGGAAGGAGGAAAAAAAGGAUCAGCCACAAUUGAAUGGUGGAGCAAACUUGAUAGGCCAAAUGGCCUAAUUCUGCUCCUAUGUCUAGUCCAUUGAUGAUCUUGAUGGGCCGUUGGGGAAUGAUCAGUGUGUGAUAAUGAUCCAGUUCAAUCUGAAAGUAGUGUCUUAAAUAUAAACACCUAAGUUACAGAGAAAGGUUGAACAAGUUAGGUUUUUAUUCUUUGGAGCAUGGAAGGUUGAGGGGGGCUUGAUAGAGGUAAUUAUAAGGGGAAUAGAUAGAGUUGACAUGGAUAGGCUUUUUCCAUUGAAGGUAGGGGGAGAUUCAAACAAGAGGACAUGAGUUGAGAGGGGGCAAAAGCUUAGGAGUAGCACGAGGAGGAACUUCUUUACUCAGUGAGUGGUAGCUGUGUGGAAUGAGCUUCCAUUAGAAGUGGUAGAGGCAGGUUCAAUAUUGUCAUUUACAAUAAAUUUGUAUGGGUAUAUGGAAAGGAAUGGAGGGUUAUGGGCUGAGUGCAGGUCAGUGGGACUAGGUGAGAGUAAGCGUUUGGCACGGGCUAGAAGGGUCAAGAUGGCCUGUUUCUGUGCCAUUGUUUUAUAUGGUUAUAUAAUUGUUUUAUAUGGUUAUAAAACUAUGUAGUAUGUGGGAAAUUCAGCUGGAAGCAUUUCCAAUUAUUGAGAUUUAAGUGUUCUGGCUGUCACCCUCCUUCCAUUUGAAACAUGUUUUCCCCAUCAAUAAUGUGCCUUAAUCUUUUUUUAUUUUUGUAAUCUUUACUUAAUUUCAUUGGUCUAGGAAGAACAAAUAUAGAUUUGCUCAUCCCUCCAGAUAGUUGAGGCACCUAUUCCAUGAUGUCAUGCUGAUAUGUCAAGGAAUGAGCAAUAUAUAUAUAUUUUUUUAAAAUCUUGUUGCUGCACUUACUGUGAACUUCAUGCAAUAGUACUUGGAUGAAGAUGAAAGCUAAUUUUUUUCAUCCUGCUUCACAUUGUUAAUAGGAAAGAAGCUGUAAAUAUUUUCCUUGGUAUAGACAGCCUCAGGAACCAACCUGCCAGUGGUUAGCUGCAUAUUGAGAUAGGUCAACAUAACAACUUUAUGAAGUUUUAAAUAGAAAAUAAAGGAUGAGCUAGACAGCAUUGUCCAUGACCUGGGAAAGGCCCUAAUUGUGAAAAUAAUUUGCUGAAAGCCUCCUUGGUAAUGUAAAGGUUCCAUGGACAAUACUGGUGAUGAGGUAGUAGUUACAUGAAAGACCUUUUGUUAUCUGGUGCUUCUUUCAAAUACCUCCUGUGUUCUACUGAAUUCCUUGUUCCUUACUGCUCCUGCAAUCCCCCCAGAAUAUCCAUUUCUGCAAUUUGCUACAUUUUAAGGCAGCCAACAGAAGGAUACAACUCAAAAUCCAUCAGAAGCCACAAUGAACUCAGCAUAGGUGGGGGGGGAGGGGGAGAGAGCCAAAAAUUGUCCAGCACUUCAGUAUCAAGUGUUAAAACAGUAAGUAACAGUAAACACUGUGUGAACACUUUAAGCAAGAGUUAUGUGAAAAUCUCCCAGGGCAAAAAAAAUCAAGAAAACAUGACAAAUAAUUUUAAAUUUCUAACAAGUUCUGAUAUGGAUUUUUAUUGUUCCUGGAAAUCCUUUAUAAAAUAUGGCAGUCAAUGUGCAUAAAGCUAAAAAUGAGUAGUUGCUUCCUUCCUGUUGCAUUAAAAGACCAUAAGAUAUAGGAGCCAAAUUAGGUCAUUUGGCCCAUUGAGUUUGCUCCACCAUUUCCCCCAAACCCCAAACUCCUACCUUCUCCCCAUUCCACUUCAUGCCCUGACCAAUCAAGAAUUUAUCAACCUCUUAAAUAUACCUAGACUCAGGCUCCACAACUGCCUGUGGCAAUGAAUUCCUCACAUUCACCACUCUCUGGCUAAAUAAAUUCCUCCUGAUUUACAUUUUAAAAUGGCAUCUUUCUGUUCUGAAGCCUGCAUCCUCUGGUCUUAUAUUCCACUAUAGAAAACAUACUCUAUCAAGGCCUUGCAACAUUUGAUAGAUUUCGAUGUGGUCACCCCUCAUUCUUCUACUCGCUGGAAUUCAGAGGCCCAGAGCCAUAAAGCGCUCCUCAUAUGACAAUCCCAAAUCAUUUCUGGAAACCAUCCUCCAACCUUCUUUAACGUCAGCAUAUCCUUUCUAAGAUAAGGAGCCCAAAACUAUUCACAAUACUCCAAGUGAGGCUUCACCAGUGCUUUAUAAUGUCUCAACAUUACAUCCUUGCUUUUAUAUUCUAGUCCUCUCAAAGUCAAUGCUAACAUCUCACUUGCCUUCCUCACCACUGACUGAACCCGCAAAUUAACUUCUAGGGAAUCCCGUGUAAGGCCUCCCAAUUCCUUUUGUACCUCAGUUGUUUUUGUAUUUUCUCUCCAUUUAGAAAGUAGUCUACACUUUUAUUUCUUCUACAACGGUGCGUGACCAUACACUUCCCGACAAUGUAUUCCAUCUGCCAUUUCUUUGCCCAGUCUCCUAACCUGUUUAAAUCCUUCUGUAGCCUACUUCCUCAAAACUACCUGCUCCCCCACCCAUCUUCAUAUCAUCUGCAAACUUUGCAACAAAGGCAUCAAUUCCAUCAUCCAAAUCAUUGACAAGUAAAGUAAAAAGAAUUGGCCCCAAACCAGACCCCUCUGGAACACUACUAGUCACAGGCAGCCAACCAGAAAAGGAACCCUUCAUUCCCACUCUUUUCCUCCUGCCAAUCAGUCACCGCUUUAUCCAUACUAGAAUCUUUCCUGUAAUACCACGGGCUUGUAACUUGCUAAGCACCCUCAUGUCCAGCGCCCUGUCAAAGGCCUGAAAAUCCAAGUACACAAUAUCCAACGAUUCUCCUUUGACUUUCCUACUUGCUAUUUUUUCCCAAAGAAUUUCAACAGAUUUGUCAGGGAAGAUUUUCCCUCAAGAAAACCAUGCCAACUAUGGCCUAUUUUAUCAUGUGUGUCCAAGUACAGGUAUCCUAAAACAAUAUCCUCAACAAUUGACUGCAAAAUCUUCCCUACCGCUAAGGUCAGGCUACUGGCCCUAGUAAUGGCACCUUCUGCCCCUUGACAAUCGCACUUCUGCCACACUGCUAGUGUCAUCCAUAUCGAAGACUAUUCCAAAAUACUUAAUCAGUUCGCUUGGAUGCCUGAGAAAUACAGCAUCUUAACAUACAGAAAUCAGAAAUUUUAAUUGUGAUCUCAGUAGAUUUUCAAUAUGAUCUUUCCACUCCUUACAUGUGUGGUUGGCACAUUUGUAGCGGUGUAUGUGGAAGAUAUCAAGAUUAGUUAACCUGUAGCAUUCUCGCCUGUAAACUAGAAGUUUAUCAAUUCAACAUCCAUUCUUGGGCACAAAUGCCUAAGAAUGCCUGGGAAAGAAGGAUAUUUCAAAUCCUGUGACCCUAUUUAGUUGUGUCCUGGAGAAUGUUCCUCCCUCAACUAAUAGCAAAAGUAACAAAUACAUUCUCCAAUUUCAUGGGUCAGCAGUUUUAAGUGGCUACAAGCUAAAACAACUGAAGAUCCACAAUAUAAACUGCAAAAAUCUAUAUAUCAAAUGGUUGAAAGAACCAUUAAAUUUUAGUAUAAUUGCAAUAGUAUUAAAGUCAUAAUUACAUGAUCAUUCAGCAAUGAAAUUCAAACACAUUGUAAAAUGUCUAAAGUACUUUAGAAAAUAAAGUACAUCUUCCUGAGAAAGCAGCUGUAGUUACUGAAAAUUUUUAGAGCUGUAACCCCCUGGGUCGCCUCAGGCUCGCUCAGCUCGUUCUCGUCUAGGGGGAGCAGCCUUUGGCCCCGCCAAACUGGGUAAUCAGCUUGUGUAGAUGCUGUGUGAUGUCCCUGCCUCGCCAAAGAACAGACAGGACACCAUAUGCGAUUAAAUGAUUACAGUUUAUAAAGAUUACUAUAACUAGGUAAUUAACAACGAUACAGUAUUCAUGAAGGAAAAGAAAAUAAAGAAAAGGCGCCAAACUUAUCAAAGUCCAAACCACUUCGUGCACAACCGUUGGAGCUCAAUUACUUAAAUCUUCUGUCCACCAUUCAAUCCCCUCCGAACUCCUCAACUCGCUCAGGACCACCCGAGGUGGUCAACCAAGCUCAUCUAUCUUUAUCUCCUCUCCUUGGGGUACCUCCUGGCCUUGGACCCCCCCCACUUGGGGUCCGUUCCUCGCCCAGUUUACAGCAUCACGUCCUCUCUCUCUCACCCCCUCGCACUGAUCUCCCCAAAAGCCCACCAACAAUAGCUUACAGACUCAGAAGAAAGAACAAUAUUAAUCCCAAUUGGUUUACAAAGGAAUACAAUUCUUGUAAUCAGUAAAUUUUAACCCAAACAACCUUCCAGCACUCUCUCACAACAAAGAAGCACUCCUACUUUUAAAACAAAGAAGCCAUUUUGAUUAACAUAUGCAGUAACAAAGAAAAAUAAGAAACCCCCUUUACAGAGCUAUUUUGAAAGAUACCUCAAAACUAUAACACCAAUAAAGUGAUUUUGAAAUAGCAAACUGUGAACUUGGCACCAUCAAAAUAGCUUGACAUUCUCAGGAAUGAAGUUUUGAGCAAUUUAUUCAAAGAGUAAUUGCACAGGAAAUCACAUUACAAGUUAAUCAAUUGAAUAUCUUCAUAUAAAGUACAUCAUGUGAAGACAAAGCACAUACCCAGGAGAAAAAUACACCAUAUCAUUACAUUAAUAAUUAAAGUACCACAGAAAACAAAAUUUGAAUCUUUCAAUAUAAAAUGUUUGAUAGUCUUAAAUAUGUUAAUUAAAUAUAAAAUUAUACAUGUAAUAAUGAUGCACAAAAUAAUUUUAAGACAAGUUAACAAGAACAUGUGUAAUUUUGGAUUUCAUAAAUAUUUAUGUGGAGAACCAAAGCAUGGAACAAGAAAAACAAGAUUUUCAUUUUUGUCUAGUUCUUUGAGACUGCCUCACCAUUGAAUAUCAUGGCUGAUUGUCUACCUUUCUUCCCCAUCUCCAUAUCAGACAUUUAUAUCAAAGGCCAUUUGUCCCAAUCUAUCCAUAUUGGCUGAAAAAGCUAUCCAUGUAAACACAAAGUACACAGCAGAUGCUGUGGUCAAAUAAACACGUACAAACAAGCUGGAUGAACUCAGCAGGUCGGGCAGCAUCCGUUGAAACGUUGACUGCUCCUUUCAAUGGACAAGUAUCAGCCUACAUUGGGAAUCAACGGCAGCUUUAAAUUCCUGAUGUUAACAUAUCAGUUCAUCUUCUACUCAUUUAACUAUUCACAGUAACAGAAUUUUUGACCAGGGGUGCCCAAACUUUUGCAAGCCACUGUACAUCAUGCUGAAUGCACAUAAGCUGCAGAGAGUUUAGCUAUUGCAGGCAAGAUUAUCAAAGAUUCUCACCAUUUGGGCCAUACCACUUUUUCGUUCAUUUAUUAUUAUUAUUACUUUUUUUGUAUCUGCAGUUUAUUGUCUUUUGCACACUGGUCAUUCGUCCGUCCUGUAGAGCGUAAUAUUUCAUUGAUUCUAUUAUGUUUCUUGGAUUUACUACGUAUGCCUGCAAGAAAAUAAUCUCAGGUUUCUAUAUGUUGACAUAUAUAAACUUUAAUAAAUUUACUUUGAACUUUCGCAGCUACCAUCGGGCAAGAGGUGCAGAAGACUGAAAUCCCAAACCACCAGGUUCAAGAUCAGCUACUUCCCUUCAACCAUUCGGUUUUUGAACCAUCCAGCAAAACACUAAAUACUACAUAUUAACAAUACUUUGCAAUAAAGUUCCAAUUGUGCUCUUGUAAAUAUGUAUAAUUUAUGUUAAAUGAUGUUUUCUUGUAAAUGUUAUUGAUGUGAUGCUGUGUGUCUAUGGUGCUGCUGGAAGUUUUCCAAUGCACUUGUGCCUAGAUUAUUUGUGCAUGACAAUAAACUCUACUUUAAACUUUAAAGCACGAUACUUUAACUCUUAUAUCCUCCCACCAAGCAAUUUUCCACCAAGCAAUUUUACAACAAGCUUGCCCCUUUCCCUCAGAUCCCCAAAACCUAUACUAUUCUCAGCAGCAACUCAUGAACCAAAAAUCUUUUCACUUGAACUUUAAAUAAAUAUUCUCAGUGACCAAAUUUAAGUCUUCUGGGGGGGGGGGGGGGGGGGGAGAGAAA